UCUCUGCAGAACCAGAAGCUGCUGCUGGAAAACCAGCUGCUGCGGGAGAGGACGUGUAACCUCGCUCUGGAGAACCAGGAGCUCCGCUGCCGUCUGGGUUUAGACGCUCUGAAGACGGAGGAGGAGGGUGGCGAGUCCAAGGUGGUGAAGGAAUCACAGGUGGAGGAGAUCAGAUUGGUGACCGGGUCCGCUGAGUCCGCAGCACUCAGACUACGUGUUCCUCUGCAGCAGGUGCAGGCCCAGCAGUUACCACUUCUGAUAGCUUCCACGUGGAUUCUGGUGGCAGUGACUCUUCAGACUCUGGGUCUGAUCUCCUGUUGGGCUUUCUGGACAGUCUGGACCCAGAGGUGUUUCUCAGAUACGCCAGUUCAGAGUCAACGUGCCUGGAAAAGCUGGAGGAAGACAUCCCUGGAGAAACAAAUUCCCUACCACCCUCCAUCUCUCCCUCUUUGGGGUCCCCAUCAGCUAAGCUGGAGGCCAUUAAUGAACUGAUAAGGUUUGAUCAUGUGUACACCAAGCCCCUAAUACUGGAGAUUCCUGUGGAAGUGGGCAACCAAACCAAUAUGCUAGUGAAAGUUGAGCAAGUACCUGUCCCUUCGUCUGAAGACAAAGCUACGCCUGAGGUCCCAGUGUCUGUGAAGGAGGAACCUGCAGACAGCUUCAUGCCUGAACUGGGCAUUUCUCACCUGCUUUCUUCUCAUCAUAGCCUUCCAGCCUCAAGCUACCUGUUGGAUGCCUGUAGUGACUCUGGAUAUGAAGGAUCCCUGUCACCCUUCAGUGACAUGUCCUCUCCACUUGGCACUGACCAUGUGUGGGAGGAUAGCUUUGCCAAUGAACUCGUUCCCCAGCUUAGCAGUGUCUAACUCAGUAGUGUUAAGUCCCCUUGGAUAACUCUCCUGGAAGGAUAUCAGCUUUUAGCCCCUUUAGGGGAGG